ACUGAAGUUUAUUGAUUUUUAGCGCAAUAUUGAACACAUCCCACAGGUAUUUACAGGCCCACAAUAGCAACUGUUAUAGCUCUACAUGAAGAUGAAGAAACUUAGCAAGGGGAUCUAAGGAGACAAAAUGGAGGAAACAUCAGGAGAAGUAAUUGUUCUCUAAGACCCUGAAGUCCAAUAGGUGUUUCAGUAUUAUGAGGAAAAAGUAGAAGCACAGUCUGCAGUCAUCACCACGGAAAACAGACCAGCAGAGUCUGGCAGUCCAGCUGUGGUCAUUGAUUUCCUUUUAAUGGAUCAGCUGGGAGGAGCAACUUUAAAUUAGAUCCACAGUGAAGAAGCAACCAUGUAUGAAAUCGGACGUGCCCCAUUGAUCGCUGUAUUGAAAAAAAACCCCAACAUUGAUUAAACAAUGGCGGCAUGGAGGCUUGAUGUGAGUUACUUUGUCAAAAAUAGCUGAGCAGCAACAGAGGGGCUGGUUCAGUCCCCGAGUGCAGACCUUCAGAUUCUGCCAUUACCUCUGUGGUGGCAGGGACAAACCGAUUAAGCGUGCAAAUCCAGAGUAACCAUCUAGACGAGACCUGGGAUUAGAGCUGAAAUGUUUUUGCCAAUUAGUUGACUGACAGAAAAUAUAUCUGCAACAAUUUUGAUGAUCGCUUAAUUUUUAAACAAAAGUUCAAUUGUUCCAAACUGUUUAUGUGAAACUGUGCUUGUUUUCUUAGUCCUUCGUGAUAGUUAACUGAAUAUCUUUAGGUUUUGGACAAUUGUUUGACAAAACAAACUACUUGUAGACGUCAACUUGGGCUCUAGGAAAUUGUGAUGGCAAAAUAUGAGAAAAUAAUCGACAGAUUAAAUGCCUGUCCGGAUGUCUUUAGAUUGCUUUAUUUGUCAACAUAAACAGUCUAUUUAAAGUCUAUUUACUAUCACGUAAGACUAAGAAAAGCAUCAAACCAAUGGACUUAAACGAUUGAUCGAUUAUCAAAAUGGUUGCAGAUUAAUUUUUCUUUGUUGAUCAAUUAAUUGUUUCAGCUCCAGCUGCAACAGCCAACAGUGACAGCACUUCAUUACACUGGUCAUUAGUUUGUUGUGGCUGAAAUAUUUCUUAUUUUGACCAGUCUUUCAGUCGAGGACAUGAGAUUAAGUCAGAUUAAAUUAUUGAUCCACUUCAGAAGCACUUUAUCGUAUGGAUUAUAAUCCACCUUCAAGGCGCUCUCAGAUGCCAGUUUCCCGUCUAAGGGUCCAACCCAAUGCACCACUUCAGCCCUGUGUGAAUUCAGAGGAUCAAACAAGUUCAGGGUCCUUUGGGUUCAACCAGCAACGGGUGUAUAUUGAAUAUUUUGCAACGCAUUUCACCCCUAAUGACAGGAACUGGCAGUCAGUCCAUUCACACUGCUGCAAGGUAAAUGGCAACAGAGCGCUGCACCAGUAUUGAUCGUUUUAGUCUCUCACAGGCUAUAAGUUGUGAACUACUAGAGCCAGGAUCGUUUGUUUUUGUCCAGUUUUUACCAACAGUGGAGACUGAAAUCUCUCCCAGUUAGAUUUUUUAAAAAUCUAUAAAUGUAUCAUUUUUACCCUUUACACAAGAUGUGCUCGUAGGAUUGUGUUCAACAGCAGCAAAAAAAGCCUUUGUUGUUACAUUUCAUAUCCAAGAUGAAAGCACUGCUGAUGUAAAAAAAUGGGAGACUGGAACUUCCUUGGAGGGAUCUUGGAGGAGGUGCAUAUCCACUCCACCAUAGUCGGCAAGAUCUGGCUGACCAUCCUGUUCAUAUUCCGGAUGUUGGUGCUGGGCGUCGCAGCAGAGGACGUGUGGAACGACGAGCAGUCAGACUUCAUCUGCAACACCGAGCAGCCCGGCUGCCGCAACGUCUGCUACGACGAGGCCUUCCCCAUCUCCCUCAUCCGCUACUGGGUGCUACAGGUGAUUUUUGUGUCCUCGCCCUCCCUGGUGUACAUGGGUCACGCCAUCUACCAGCUGCGAGCUCUGGAGAAGGAGCGCCACUGCAAGAAGGUGGCUCUCCGUCGGGAGCUGGAGGCGGUGGACGCGGAGCUGGUGGAGGUGCGGAGGAGGAUUGAAAAGGAGAUGAGGCAGCUGGAGCAGGGGAAGCUCAACAAAGCACCGCUGAGGGGUUCUCUGUUGUGUACUUAUGUGGCCCACAUUGUUACUCGCUCAGUGGUUGAGGUCAGCUUCAUGAUGUGUCAGUACAUCCUCUAUGGACACCGCCUGAGCCCUCUUUACAAGUGUGAAAGGGAGCCGUGCCCAAAUGUGGUGGACUGCUUCGUCUCCAGGCCCACUGAGAAAACUGUUUUCAUGGUGUUCAUGCAAGCGAUUGCCUGCAUCUCCCUCUUUCUCAGCCUUCUUGAGAUCAUGCACCUGGGAUUCAAGAAGCUCAAGAAGGGCAUCCUGGACUUCUACCCACAUCUGAAGGACGAUCUGGAUGAUUAUUACGUCAACAAGUCAAAAAAGAACUCGGUUGUGCAUCAGGUUUGCAUCGGCACGUCUGUGGGUCGCAAGACGACUAUUCCCACAGCACCAUGUGGAUACACAUUACUGUUGGAGAAGCAGGGCAACGGACCUAACUACCCUCUUCUUAACGCCUCCUCUGCCUUCGUCCCAAUACAAGGGGACCCUGGCGCAAAGCCAGACAGUCACAAGGACGCCAAGGAGGGAGUGCCGAGCCCCACGGAGCAAAACAGCAACUCCAACAACACGAGCAGCGAGACACGUUCUCCUCCUGCGGACAAACAGUACGAGCCAGAAGAACAAUCUUCACCCCAGCACGAGGACAUGGAGUGUGCGAGCUCUGAGUAUCCCACCCUCCCUGUAGCAGACACCUCCUCCUGCACAACACUGUCAGGCAUUGCGAGGAAGUCGCGGAGGGUCAGUCCGCCGUGGAACUGCUCCACUCUGGUAGAGGGGAAUGGCUCGGACAGCGGAGAUUCCUACCACGGGAACAACAGCACGAAGCUACACAGCAGCUGUGUGGGCGCCCGGGCGAGGAUGCUCCCCAAAUCGGACAUCAAGAGGCCGAGCAGGUCCCAGAGUCCAGACUCUGCAGGGGAGCUGAGCUCUGUAUCUCGACACAGCCGUGAGAGUAACAGCCCCACCACUUCCUCUCCAAACCGCCGAGUGUCCGCGACGAGCAUCGCCAGCAGCAGACGAGCUCCAACUGAUCUGCAGAUAUAAACGACAGACUGUAUGCUCGCCAACAUGGCAACAGAAAGUCGCCCUAAGCCACGUUUGGGUGCAAGUUAUGUCAAAACUAUAUUACUGCACUUUUCACACCUUUAAAGUUCUUUAAAAGACAUCAAAGCAAGCACAAAAAGCCUUUGUUACCCAUUGCUACAGAGAUUAUACUCUUGACACCAAAGAUGAGCCGUUUUUUUUUUUUAAAAGCGUAAAGACAAUCUAACAUCUACUCCUCAGAUUUUAACGGGUGAUCAGACCACAGUGGACUGUUUUGUUUCCUUACAUUUUCAGGUCAGAUGGACAUUUAAUGAUUUGGCUGUAUGCAGCAGCUCUGUCUGAAUGAUUAUAGGGGAAUGGAAAAUAGACCCACAAAUCUAUAAUGUUGUUUUCAGGUCGCAUUGUGCUGUUACACAACCAGAUACUUUUAAAUCAGUAACACUGUCUGAAUUAAUCCCAUCCAACAUGUCAGAGUUUUUCAGCAAGAACAUUAAACAUAAAAACAUCCAGGUCUGGAUGCGUCUGUCACAGCGGAAAAUGAGUGCUAAAUAUCUUUGAGUUCGUAUGGUGACAUGAAUAAAAACUUGUCUUUAAUGCGCUGUCAUCUAU